AUGCCUUCCUAUCUCCCACAAUUAAUCAUUCCCAAUUGUGAUCAUAAACUCUUCGAAGAAAUCGCAUUAGCAAACCCUAACUCUUUCUAUCGAAUGAAUCUUAUCCAAGGUCAGCUUGAAAUAAUGCCUCCACAACCAGUUCACAAUGAUACCGAUCAAAGAGAAGUAAACAUUAUUAUAGAAAUUGGCAACUGGUGCCGAGCCAACGACAACUUGGUUGGACACUAUGGUGGAUCACAAGGAGCCUAUACAUUGAAUACUGGUGAUAUUCUGGGUCCUGAAGCUUCUGUUGUCCUUAGUGCCAGAUGGAAUGCUCUAUCAACUAAUGAUAGACGACAAGCAUAUCCGCCAGUUGCACCGAAUUUUAUUGUGGAAUUACGUUCAAUGAGUAAUUCACCUCA